AUCCUUGUCGUCCUGGAGUCCGAGAUGCUGUUCUGCUAUGUAGAGAUGCUGGUGUCAAGGUACGUAUGGUUACUGGGGAUAAUCUUCAAACAGCCAAAGCCAUUGCUUUGGAGUGUGGGAUACUUACUGAUCCCAAUGUGUCAGAGCCAGUGGUGAUAGAGGGAAGAACAUUUCGCGCACGUACUGAUGCAGAAAGAGAGGCGAUUGCUAAUGAAAUCUCUGUGAUGGGAAGAUCUUCCCCAAAUGACAAGCUGCUGCUUGUAAGAGCUUUGAGGAGUAGAGACCAUGUGGUUGCUGUUACCGGAGAUGGCACAAAUGAUGCUCCUGCAUUACAUGAGGCUGAUAUUGGUCUUGCAAUGGGCAUUUCGGGAACAGAGGUAGCUAAAGAAAGUGCGGACAUUAUUAUUCUUGAUGACAAUUUUGCAUCUGUUGUGAAGGUUGUCCGGUGGGGUCGUUCUGUGUAUGCAAACAUCCAGAAGUUUAUUCAGUUUCAGCUCACCGUCAACGUGGCUGCUCUUGUGAUCAACGUGGUUGCUGCUGUUUCUUCUGGCAACGUUCCUUUAAAUGCUGUUCAGCUGCUUUGGGUCAACCUUAUCAUGGACACACUUGGGGCUCUUGCAUUGGCAACUGAACCACCAACGGAUGAACUUAUGAAACGCUCACCUGUCGGCCGGAGAGAGCCUCUGAUUACAAAUAUCAUGUGGAGGAACUUGUUUAUACAGGCUGUGUUUCAAAUCACUGUCCUUCUUACACUGAACUUCAGAGGCAGGAGCAUUCUGCAUUUGAACAAUGACAGUCCCAGUCAUGCUGAGAAAGUUAAAAAUACCUUUAUAUUCAAUUCAUUUGUUCUCUGUCAAGUAUUUAAUGAGUUUAAUUCACGGAAGCUAAAUGAGCUGAAUAUAUUCAGUGGAGUCACAAAGAACUACCUCUUCAUGGGCAUUGUAGGGAUUACGGUUCUACUUCAGGUCAUUAUCAUCGAGUUUCUUGGGAAGUUCACAUCGACUGUCAAAUUAACUUGGAAGCUGUGGCUUGUUUCUAUAGCUAUUGGUUUUGUGAGCUGGCCGUUAGCAGUCAUAGGAAAGCUCAUACCGGUUCCCGAACAGCCAUUUGGAGAGCUAAUUUUGAGCCGUUGUUCCCGGCCAGAGCAAAAAGUUGAUGGAGCAUCGUCUCGAGGAGUGUCACCCAAUCAUGCUGUGUGAAGUGACUAAUUAACCACGGAAUUGCGUGUAAAUGCUUACUACAUGAUCAGAACCACUAAUAUUACGACAUACGUCAUUAUCCUUCUAACCAAAACCCCUCCUUUUUUGUGCCUAACUUGAAUGCUUCUGGGGUUGCCCUUUCUACCAUGUUUGAAGAUUGUAACUAAUCUUACUAUUUUAGCGUCGGCGGAGUGGUGGUGCUAACUACUACUCUUCUACUAACUAUAGUUGCAAAUUUGGCUGCUGUUGUUUCUAUUUGCUGUGGCUAUUGCGACGAGCCUGAACCGUGGUGAUUAAUUAGCUUUGUAUCUACAAGAAAUCGAAUCAAAAGCACUGGUUCUUCGGAGUUGUGCAUUUCCUGUA